GCGUCUCGGCGCGCGCCGCUUGCGGGGCCGCUGCGGGCCUGGGUCACGUGCCGGGGGCAGUGGGAAGGCGGAGUUCUUGUUUCCCAGGCCCCUGUCCGCCAUGUUUUCAGGCCAGCUGAGCGUUUGUGUCUCCCCGUGAGGAAAUGGCCGGGGAGCUUCGGGGAGCCCAGGCGCCGGGGCCUCGGCGGAGCCCGGGCUGACCCGGAGCGGUUGUGCGCGGGGCGGGAGGCCAUGGCGUCCGGCAGUAACUGGUUGUCUGGCGUGAACGUCGUGUUGGUGAUGGCCUACGGGAGCCUGGUGUUUGUACUGCUAUUUAUUUUUGUGAAGAGGCAAAUCAUGCGCUUUGCAAUGAAAUCCCGAAGGGGACCUCAUGUUCCGGUGGGACACAACGCCCCCAAGGACUUAAAAGAGGAGAUUGAUAUCCGGCUGUCCAGGGUUCAGGACAUCAAAUAUGAACCUCAGCUCCUUGCAGACGGGGAUGCGAGACUGCUGCAGCUGCAAGUACAGGGGAAUCAGAGUUGCUACAACUACCUAUACAGGAUGAAGGCCCUGGAUGCCAUCCGUGCCUCUGAGAUACCGUUCCACGCUGAAGGCCGGCAUCCCCGUUCCUUAAUGGGCAAGAACUUCCGCUCCUACCUGCUAGAUCUUCGGAACACUAGUACUCCCUUCAAGGGUGUGCGCAAGGCCCUCAUCGACACUCUGCUGGACGGCUAUGAGACAGCCCGCUAUGGGACAGGGGUCUUCGGCCAGAGUGAGUACCUGCGCUACCAGGAGGCCCUGAGUGAGCUGGCCACCGUGGUCAGAGCACGAAGCGGGACCUCUCAGAGACAGCACCAGUCAGCAGCCAAAGACCUCACCCAGUCUCCCGAAGUCUCCCCGACAACCAUCCAGGUGACCUACCUCCCCUCCAGCCAGAAGAGCAAACGUGCCAAGCACUUCCUUGAGCUGAAGAGCUUUAAGGACAACUAUAACACGCUGGAAAGUACUCUGUGACAGGCUGGUGGAUGCUGCUGCUGCUGCUGGCAGGCCGGUGGCCUCACGUCUGGCUGGUGGACCCCGGUCGACCACAGCCCCACUUCGCCCACAGCUCUUAGGGCUCCGGCCUAGAGGAGCGUUCUCCAACUUGUUCUUACAGCCAGUUUCAGAGAAUCCGUUAGGACUUGGUUUUCCCUUGGUAGCACUUUCUUCUGGAGUUGAAUUCAGAUGUUUUCCUUAAUGUUUCCAUCAAGGCUUCCUUAAAAAUCCUCACUUGGUUUUGAUUAUAGCUCCUCGGCCUUUUGCCCUCUUUUCCCAGACUACAAAUAAUCCUGAAUUGUGAGGGUUGGGGGAACUGGGCCUGGUGCACCCCCUGUCCACGCCUUCAUACACAGGUGAAGGGGGACAUUUGUGUUGGAGACAUCUUCGAGUUGAUUGCUUGGAAAGGCAGACACGAGCCUGUGGGGAAGGCCGUGAGGCCUGCGAACUGCUUGCCUGGUGCUCCGUGGAAACGGUAACCGGACCUUCCUGGCGUGCAAGGAUCUGCCUCAGCCUUUCUUUGCAUACUGUCCUGAAUAAAUGGAAAAGGGAAUGUUGGCACCGGACAUAAUCCCGUCCCGCCUCAUUUAUUGGGGGUGCUGUGGGGCAGUGAAGGAAUGGUCAGACCAAUGCACUGCUCUCACGUUAAGAACCAUUUAAUAAAAUGAACAAUUAAAA